CCCAUUCUGUUUCUUUCGAAUCCGCUUCUCUUUCUCCCCAUCCCUACAAAUCUUCCCUUCCUCCCCGAUUCACAUUCUGUUUCCGCUCCUCAUUCUCUAUCCGAUCCAUUUCCCCCUCCCCUGUUUUGUUCAUCAAUUUCCACGCAAACUACAGAGCCACACAAAUCUCUUUCCCCUCAAAUUAUGGGAUUCAAAUCUCUCUUCUCCCGUAAGAAGAAAUCCGAUUCCUCCAGCGAUUCACCGCUCGGAUCCACCACGGUUCCGAUUCUCGGAUCUCGGACUCCGUCUUUCAAUUCCCGAGCGCAAAUCGCGGAAUUGGAGCAAGUAUUCAAGAAAUUCGAUGUCAAUGGCGACGGCAAGAUCUGCUCCUCUGAACUCGGUUCCAUUAUGGGGAGCCUAGGCCAGCCGGCCACGGAGGAGGAGCUUCAGAACAUGAUCAAGGAAGUCGAUGCCGAUGGCGACGGCUACAUUGACCUCCAUGAGUUCAUUGAACUCAACACUAAGGGAGUCGAUUCCGACGAGGUGCUUAAGAAUCUGAAGGACGCAUUCUCCGUCUAUGACCUUGACGGCAACGGAUCCAUCACGGCGGAGGAAUUGCACGAGGUCUUGAAGAGUUUGGGCGACGACUGCUCGCUGGCGGAUUGCCGGAACAUGAUCAGCGGCGUCGACAGAAACGGCGACGGUAUGAUUAGUUUCGAUGAAUUCAAAGCCAUGAUGAUGAGCGGCUCUCGAUCUCACGGUCUCGGUGAUUAGUUAAUGCUAAUUGAUAAUUAUGAGUAAUUAGCUAUUUUGCUAACACAUUUUCCGUUUCUAUAU